ACUAAUAUUGAUGCCCAGCCAACGACGAAAAAUCCUUGGACCUUCAUCACCUCAAUUAGCAAGAGUGAUUCCGUCGGUUCAAAAAGCCUGUCAAGCUAUGCGCAACCUGAGCCUCAUGCUGUUGAUGAGGAAAGUAAAACCCUAAAUGCCGCCUGGGUGGACAAUGGACGCAAGGUUCGCUCGAAAAACUUUGGUUCCUCAGGCAUCAAAUCCUCAGCAAUAACUCCGAAUUCGCAAUUUUCAAGGCAAAAGUAUAUAUGGAAAAAUACAGUGUCUCAAGGAAAUCGCGGUCUGGUUGGAGUAAACAUGGAGGAGGAAGGCCAGGAGAGCCAGCCAGGAUUCUCUGAGGGCAUCAUAAUAGAGGAUGAGUCAUUUGACUCGACGAUAAACAGUAUUGAGGAUUAUGAGUUUAUUCGCAUCGUGAGCACGCAACCAGAAGACCUGGAGGCACAGCUGCAAUUGCUUCGUAGCCUAGAGCACUUGUGGACAACGAAGGCAGAAUCAGUUAAAAGUAUUGAACAUACCAAGGUAGCAAUCAACUGGUCCUCCGAUGCAAAAGGUAAUAUUAUGCUCAAAGAAAUUUUUAUUCUGCCUGUUAAUAAUGUUUAA